ACACACACACCACCACACACACACUUAGCCACCCCGUAGCAGCUGACUCAACCUACAAUGCAUUAUUCCCGGACCGGUGUGCAAAAGCUGUGGCUCGUUGUCGUGUGCCGAACAACCAUCGUUCUUCACGUUGUUGUUGUUGUCAUCAUCUGUGAUCAACUGUUAACGUGAUAACAGUGCGUCGCAACGAUUCUCAAGGCACACGUUUUGUUGCUUUACCCCCAACUGGGCUGGUUGUGUUUAUGAAUGAAGAGCGGGCAACCCGACUUGGCGUUUGAACACCAUGAGUGUGCACAAUGAGCUCAACACAAGUCUCCGGAUUCCUCUUGAAGAUCAACGAGACGAAGUGCCGCAGAGGCCAGCGACUGCGAUGGAUGCCGGCCAUGGGCAGGGAGCCGGGCCAGCAUGGCCUCAAGACAAGCCUCUCUUCACCCCCCCUCUCUACAAGCAGCGCUACGAGGCCAUCGUGCAGCUCGUCAAGAAAUACAGGCCGCGAAGAAUGGCUGAUUUUGGCUGCUCUGAAUGCAAACUGCUUCAGAUAAUCAAAUGGGAGCCCUACGUGGAAGAGUUGGCUGGCGUGGACAUUGACAGAGGCGUAUUGAUUCAUAACUCGCACACGCUGCAACCUCUUCCGUGCGACUACCUCAUACCCAGGGACAACCGCCUCACCGUCAGGCUCUACCACGGCUCCGUGGCAGACAGGGAUCCCAGUUUGUGUGGCUACGACUUUGUCAGCUGCGUCGAACUGAUAGAGCACCUGGACUCAGAAGUGCUGGCUGCACUGCCCGGGGUGCUGUUGGGCCACGUGUCCCCUCAGGUGGCCGUCAUCACCACACCCAACGUGGAGUUCAAUGUGCUGCUGCCUGGCCUAAAAGGGCUCCGGCACUGGGACCAUCGCUUUGAGUGGACGAGGGGACAGUUCCAGGCAUGGUGCACGGAUGUGGCGCGGACGUACGGGUACAGCGUCUAUUUCAGUGGCGUCGGUCUGGGGCCUCCGGGCCACCACCACCUGGGCUUCUGCUCUCAGAUGGCCAUCUUUGAGAAGGCCAACCCGUGGUUGGGAAGCCUUCAUCGCACCGUUAAAGACACCGGAGGUCGCUACGAGCUGGUGUUCGAGUUUGUGUUCCCGACCUUGCAGGACAAGCAUUGCAGAGACACGAUGCUGCUGUUUGAGGUGAAGUUCCUCGUAGACGGAGCUGUGCGGCGAUACCAGGAAGAGCGCGACGAUUUCUGCGGAGGCAACGCCACUCCCGCCGGCGGAAGUCCCACGUUCCCGUCACCGCCAACGAGCUGUGCCGUGUCCCCUAACUCCGACUCGGAGGCCUUUCCCCGGUGCUCCAGCUCAGGAAACGAAACUCAACCCGACGGCGCCGUGUCGCGCCACGCUCGAGGCUGGCCUCCAGUGAGGCAGACGGCCAUCAAAGCUUCGUUUAACGGUACACAGAUCCUGAUAGACUUGGCCAUGAUUUACAUCUCGGAUAAGGUGCAGAAGCUGUGCAGCUCUGUGGAGCAACUGCGGGAGGUUAUCAAGUCCAGCAGCACCUUCCAGCUCAGCCAUGACGAGACGGCCAUCGUGUGCCAUUUGCCAGAGAACCAAGAGCUGGACUGGGAGAGACGUUAUUCAUAAGUCGAGAUGGCAAGCUGCAGUCCGCUAUGUUUCUCCAGCAGUCUUUGUCCAGCAGUUCAACUGAAACAGCAAUGAGAAGUGAACAUUACCUCAUUUACACGUUGAGAUCGGUAUAAAUGGAGACACCAUCACUGGAGAGGAGUUGACAACCCGUUUUGAAAGUACUGGACUUUGGUCAUGUUUUGAGUUCAUCUCGGAGUGGAUGUGGCACUUGGGUUAAUGAUAAUGGGCCAGUAUACAGAUUCAGAUACAUCUUAGAGCUAUGCAUUAACAGUCACUCCAAUGAGGUACUGUGCUAAAAAAUAUAUUUGUAAACCUGUUAGGUCACCUGUUGUGCAGAUAUUUAGCACGUGAUAAAGAUGUUGACAAUUAAAUGUCUUAAUGAUUUUUAAGAUGCUUAACGAAAUUAACUUUUAUUUUAAUGGCAAAAAUAUUACAUUGUUGGUAGAUUUUCUGGCAAUAUUUUUUUUGUUUGACAUUGGAAGGCGAGUUCUGCAACUCAAGUCAUGUUAACUUUCCAUUUUAUCAUCCAUGGUCCUAUUUAAGAGCUAAUCCAGACGUUAUGACAGCAUCAGAUCUCUUUAAAACAUAUUAGGCUUCGUUUUGCAGACGGGAGAAUAAUACCUUGCCUUCAGAAGUUAGUCACUGUAGUAAGUGCAUUUUGUCCGAGUUGGUUGAAGAUUUCGACCUUCAAAAAAAUAAUGAAAAGUUGUUACGGACUUCUACACUUCUAUUUUCUCAAAAUCAUUAAAGCAAAAGCAGCAUUUCUAACAAUGUCUUUUUUAUGUUAUAAACUACACUACACACGGAUUUACUAAAAUAGUGCCCCCCCCCUUCGAUUGUAUAAGAUUGACAGCUCAGGUGUGGGAUUUGACUUCUUGGCCACGGCAGUAUGCAGAGACGUCCCGAGGGUACGGCACAUCGGGGGCAGCCGCCCUGGGCCCCACACUUGGGGGGGGGGGGGCACGUUUCGACAUUACGGUGUCAGAUGUAAUACUUUCGGUUUGGUUGUAUGAAUGGCACUGGCAGUAGGCAAUCGGCCUGGUAAUUCUUGAAAAGGUUAAUCUAAUCUUCACAUAACUCAUGCCAGACUUACCCAGACCCAUGGCCGACAUGGCCUGGGAAGGCCUUCAUCCAGCAGUGGACGGGGAUCCAGUGGACAAAGGUCUUAGUACGAAUGCCACUUAUGACUGUUGCUGCACAACUUGGGUUACUCGGAAUACCGCAUCACAAAAACAAUAGCUGCAAUCAACUCUUCAUGCACACAAACAGGUGGAAGGCAAUAAAUCCAAGACACAAAAGUGAAAAUUCUAAAUGUUUUAUACAAAAAAAAGGGAAACACGUUGACCUUUGGAAACGUACACUAACAUGCCGAUGCAUUUUGGACCAUGCAAGAAUGCUCUUCUAAACACAAGGGAAUAAGUUCCAUUUUUCUUGUUCGCAAAAAUAACACUCAUAAAGAACCGACACUGGCAAUGCUUCACUAUGGCACGAUGAAAGGUGCAACACGCAUUAACAUGAACAUUUCAAAACACUUUACGCGAGCA